UUGUGUGCGUUCAGGCGUAGGAUCGGCUCUGUUUUGGGGGUCUGAAAGCAGUCAGAGUUAAAGUCCCAGAGCGCCAAUUACUAUUGUGGCAGUAACCAAAUGCUUUCUUUUCUUUUAUAGCUGACGUUAUCCUCCACCCACGCUUAGGAGCCUUUGGUACUGGCGGCCUCCCGGGAACACUGGAAGACAGGACUGGAUGUAAAUUGGAAUCUACUGAAUGAUAAGUGGUAAAGCUGAGAGACCCACAGCACCCAAAGGACACAGGCCCAGAGACUCUAAGGAAAAUGAAGUUUCCCUGCCUAUCUUUCCGGCAGCCCUAUGCUGGUUUAAUCUUAAAUGGAGUCAAGACUCUUGAGACACGUUGGCGUCCCUUGUUGAGCAGCCUUCAGAAAUGUACCAUUGCUAUCCACAUUGCUCACAAGGACUGGGAAGAUGAUGCAUGGCAGAAAGUGCUGGUGGAGAAGUUGGGGAUGACAUGGACACAGAUUCAGGGCUUACUACAGGCGGGAGAAAAAUAUGGCAGAGGAGUGAUAGCUGGACUUAUUGACAUUGGAGAGACUUUUCAGUGUCCAGAAACCUUAGCGGCUGAUGAGGUUGUGGAACUGGAAACUCAAGCUGUGCUAACCAACCUGCAGCUGAAGUACCUGACUCAAAUUUCAAACCCCAGGUGGUUACUGGAGCCCAUACCUAGGAAAGGGGGAAAGGAUAUAUUCCUGGUAGACAUCCCAGAGCACCUGAUCCCAUGGGAGAAAGAAUGGAGCAGUGACUGCUCUGAAAGCAACUGAAUAAUGGCUCUGCCAGUAGACCAUCAUAGUAUACAUCUCCAAAUCUCAAUCAGGGUGAAUGAAAUCCACUCCCACAGAGCACAGCUCACUAGGUGCUGUUCCCAGACUGCUCUGCCCCCAUGAAGGGGGUGGCAGUGAAGACAUCCCUCAUGCUGUGGCUACAGAGCCUUGAGAACUUUGGCCUUUGGGGAAAAGGAAACCUUCCAGAAAAUGAUAUUUUGCUAAUGUUCACUUUAGUCCUGCUAUUUUCUGGAUUGCACAAAUAAAUCUGUUAAUGGUUAA